UAUUGCUCAGUGGUAGACUGAGGUUCGUUGGAACUUCCUCAUUCCCGUAGAAAACACGUGACGCUGCAAAAAAUUCCCGACCGUGUAUCGCAAAUAAAAACCACAAUGUCCGUGAUAUACAGGAAUUCGAUGAAAGCCAUCGGCAAAGUGGUGCCCGAGAAACUUCAGCCCAUGUGGAAUCAUCCAGCAGGUCCGCAGACCAUUUUCUUCUGGGCGCCAGCAUUCAAAUGGGGACUCGUCAUUGCGGGAUUGGGAGAUCUAUCACGACCAGCUAACAAAAUAUCUUUGAGUCAAUCAGCCGCCCUUGGGGCCACCGGCGUGAUAUGGACGAGAUAUUCUUUGGCUAUUACACCUAAGAAUUAUAGCCUCUUCAGUGUUAAUUUGUUCGUCGCUUUUACAGCUUUAUAUCAAGUGGCUAGAGCCCUCAAAUACCAAAACGAACAAAAGGAAAUAGCAAAGGAAGCAGCCGCAACACCCCUGAGCAGCCAUUGAUUAAAAACAAAAAUUUGGAAAUAACGUACAUUCCUAGAUAGCGAAAUUUUAAACUGUUAUUGUCGAACGGGUUUUAAUUACACACCAGAGUUGAGUUGAUACUGAUUAUCAAUUCUACGAGGUGCGUAAAAUUCUUAGUGCAGGAGAAAGUAGAGUGAAAAGGGCUUUCUAAAAUCGUCAAUAUAUCGUCUGAACGAAAGGUGCAAUUGAAAUGAAUCAGGGUUCAUUUCAAAGCCUUGAAAGAUAUUUUCAAAAGAAAAAAACAUUGAAUUUGACUCAACCGAAUCGCAAUUAUUGGACAUUAAACGCACCUGAUUUUGACCUCCUCUCUUCUAAUACAAAAUAAUGAAACGAUGGUAGAUGCUCUGCUGGACCAAUUUAACCGAUGGUGCUGAAGUUUGUUAGGAAUCUCAUUAUCCCCAAUGGAAAAUUGUGAGGGGCGAAUGUUCUAUCGAACGUUUGGAAUAGAUCAUUAUCGUGAAUUUACCAACUUAGGCCAAUGAAAUUCUAAUUAUUAAAACGCUAGCUGUGAUACAGAUUGAAACGAUUUCAACUGAUAUUAGAAUAUCGUCGUGUAACCACCGUAUCAUUAACACGCAACAUCCAAACGUUUUUGUUUUCAGUUCGACUUGUGAAGGACGAUAGAACGUGUGUUACUAGGAAUAUAGCGAAAUAAAAAUAGUUACUGCGAAAAUUAACGCACGUUCAAUCGUUCAUUACACAAAUCAUGUGGACUACAGAUAGAGAUAAAAUAUAACGGGCAAAAUGUGAUUAAGAAUUGUUAUCGGGAUUGUGAUUUCGAUAACUCUAUAUCUUUUAAACACCUUUACCAAUUAUUGAUACUCGUCUAUUGAACUACUUCAGUUGUAAUUGUUAUAAAUUUGUUCUAUUGUAAUUGUGGCUUAUGUUGACGCCUGGGUGCGGAAUCAAAAAUAAAAUUAUUUUAUUUUUGAA